AUGGUCAUGGAGCGGCCCAUGCCCUGCACAAACUUGAAAAGUUUUGUAAAGCUCCACGGAGAGCGUCUCGAUGACAUGACAGCACAGAAGGUCAUGCGGCAGGUCAUUGAAGCUGCUAACAUUUGCAUCACGUGUGGUGUCUUUCAUCGGGACAUCAAGAUGGAGAACCUACUGGUGAACCAGCACACCAUGGAGGUGAAAUUGAUUGACUUUGGGUGUGGUGCGCAAAUGAAGAAAUUUAGCUACGAAGUCUUCAGUGGCACAAAAGUGUACUGUCCACCAGAGGUCACUGUGAACAGCAGAUACCACGCAAAGCCGACAACAGUGUGGUCGCUAGGGAUCCUCUUGUUCAUGAUGGCGUGCGGAUAUUAUCCCACAGACUACGACCUGGAUCUGAUCAGUAAGAGGAGAUGGACCAGACCUGGCCUGUCACAAGAAUGCUGCCAGAUGAUUUCUUCUUGUCUGCAGUCUGAUCCACAGUAGAGGAUCGAUCUUGAGAAGAUGCAUCUCCAUGACUGGUUAAAGUGAAGAGAACAUUACACGUGACCAGAUAAACUCGCAGUACUGCUGACAACUGUUGCUUAAAGUACCGCCCAGCAGUCAUUUGGCACGCGUUCUGCACUUCAGAGGAAGACAGAAG